UGGAUUACAAAAUGGAUGGAGUUGUGACAUAUAUUCUAGGCGUUGGGAAGAAAUCAUGUUCCGGUACGCUAAUUCCCAUUUUCAUCGGGCAGCGGUUUAGAAUACAUAGCCCUCUUCAUCUCCUACCUUCGGACUCGUGCUGUGCAGUGAACUUCGUGUAAGUCAACCCCGAAUGCCCCACAGUACCUAUACGAGCUCGCGCACAGACCACUUGGAACUGCCGGCAUCCAUGAUCCGUCCGGGUUCGCGUGUCAGACGCGUCGUUUGAAUCUACAAAGUCAUCCCCCGCCAAAUAUUCGCCAUCCCGGUUUCUCAACCUACCUCCGCAAUUGACACCGGAAGUAACCCUGUUGAUCCUUUCGACACCCAGCCUCGCAAGAGUCUACAUCCUGUAACGGACAAUGCCUCGACCAAAGCGAUCGCGUGUCACCGCGACGCGUCCCACCAAGGCGCCGUCACCACGCGCUGAAGAGCGAAAUCAAUCGUCUCCGACGCCGCCCGUCGCGGCGAAACCUGCUGUCGCUCAACCCGAGUUUCCGAGUAGUGAUAUUUACGAUGUGAGCGACCGCGAAAAGGAGCGCAUGAGGAAGCGCCGCGCUGCUGCCGAGGCCGCGAAAGCCGACGAGGUACAGCCCCGUCCGCUCACGACCGACGACCUGGGGCCGGACUCGAAGCAAGCGAAGGCGUUGGAGGACUCGAGACGCAGGCGGGAUGAAGCGAUGAACCGAUUGGACGAUCUCACCUCCACGUCAAGGCCGGAUGAAACGGAGAACCAAGCCGUCGAGCUUGAGAUCCAGCCUCGGUUGACCGACGCGUCAGGACUGGAUUUAGACAGCGAUUUCUUCGGCAACCUGGACGAUAGCUUGGAUGACACAGAAAAUGUCAUCGAGGAGACCCGUACCGGUUAUCGCUCAACAGACACUUCCUCUAUCAACGUUGCCAUGUUCAAGCGCCGACCCCGACAGUCGAGUGUUGCUGGGAGAAAUGAUGGGCCCAUCCGACCGAGCAGCAGAGGACGACAGACCACGCCGAGCAUCAGCACGACUCUCACUUUCGGUAAUUUUAGACGACGUGCGCGCGAGCCUAGCAUCAUUGGGACGGCACGCAAGGCUCGGACGGGGCGAUCUCAGUCGGUGGCUUCGCAGGCUUCAAGGAAUGCAAGUGUCCUCGGAGAUGGCGAAGAUUCCGGCCCCGAAGGCGAGUCGACUCCCAUCGACAAAACACGAAGGCAAACACGUGCCUCGCUUGUAACCAGCGGUUCUCGGGAGGGGUCACCCAUUUUGCAAUCGCGCAAGCGUAAGUCUCUAGAGAGCCACGAAGAUGGUCGCGAAAAGAGGCCAGCCCUGGAGUCGGAUGAUGCAGACGCGGAGGAAAUCCACCAGUCAAUUGAGGUGGAUGUUGAGCCUGGUUCGAGCCUACCACGUGGGCGCAGACGCACUCGAGAGCAGGAUGGCUUCUCAACCCCAGUUCCAGAGAACGAUCCGGAUAUGGCGCCUCCUAUCAGCAGUUCAUCGGAAAGCGGCAGUCCCGUCCCGCUACCACCUCUGGACACGCUCGCUCAUCGCACCUACACGCGCAAGGCUCCGCCAAGAGCAGCAAAAACCCCAGAGGCUAUGGACUCCUCAUCGGACCUCUCCUCUCCCCCAUCAUUGACCCAUUCACCCAAUUACGCGCCACCGCCCAAGGCCAUCCCGAAGCCGAAGGCGCCACCGCCCGAGAAGAAGAUGACGACGGCAGAUUUAACCUCGCUUCUGCCUCGCCGGCGUCAGAAAGCUUCCAACCGUGAUAGCGGCAGCAACGACCCGUUCGACCUAGACACGUCAGAAGACGACGCUAGAGCGGUAGAUGAUGAGAAUGAGCUUUCAUAUGUCGAUUCCCGGGCACGGAGGAGGAAGCCGCACCGGCCCUUAAGUAAGGCAACAGCCAAUGCUAAGGGUAAGGCAAUUGGGCCCGGUAACGGUAACGACAAAAGCCGCGCCCGGAGGACCUAUGGAACCCGUGGGGAUGACAAGGAGAAUGAGGAGGUUGAGGAGGAAACUGUCGUCGCCAGUGAUGGUGAAGAAGAGAACGAGGAGGCGGCGGAGGUGGAUCUUCCUGAUGAGGAGACCAGCCAGGUGAUGAGAGAGCGCAUCGGCGAGGAACUCCAGAAGGCCGCUAAGAAGUUCAAAGAGGUGGAUAAGUGGGAGCUGGCAUUCGAGGUCGUCACAGAAAGCUCUUCGCCAGACCCGGAUGCCCGAUGACGGGUUAAGAGGGAUGUGAUAAAUGUUUCGCUUCGUUUUGGCAACGUGUUAGGUUAUGAUGACUUGGCUGGAGUUGAUCAGCAGACUCAUAGCACCAGGGAGUGGAGAGGUCAGGUUGUUUGUAUUUGCCUACUUAGUAGACUUUGCUCUGGGUAUAAGCGUUUGCUUGAAAGGCGGGUAGUAAUGGCUU